AAUGAAAUUCAGUGUUGCCUUGAUCGCCAUUGUGGCCCUUGUUGCCAGCGGCAGUGCCUUGCCAGCCAAGAAAAGGAUGGUUUACUAUCAACAGCCCACUGCCUACUACACCGCUCCCCAGCGCAUGAUGUACGUCCAAUAUGUUCAGCCAGCCCGUCCCUUUGCUCGCUCCACCCAGGCCGCCGAAGCUUUGGUAGCCGGUGAGACCGUUGCCACUGGUACCUAUUUGAAAGAUUGUAAUCACGCAGAAGCUGAUGUUGCCGCCGCAGGUCCCGCUGUUGAUGUUUCCGUCGAACAUGGUGAAGAGGUGUUGAGCGAAGCUGAAGCCUACCCCGCCUCGGGUGAAGCUGUACCUGUUGUUCCCGUUGCCGCUGUACCCGCCGAAGUUGACAUUGUGGCCGAAGAAAAUGAAGUUGCCGAUGAAGCUGCCAAGGUUCCACGUGACUAUAACUUCGAAGCUGCCGCUGAAGAAUCCGCUGUUGCCGCCUCCGCUGAAGAAGCCGCUGUCUAUGAAGCUGAACAACCAGCCGCCGCUGCUGAAGUUCCUGAGGUCGCUGAAGCCCCUGUAGCCGCCGCUGAAUUGCCCGCCCCCGCUCCCAUCGCUCCUGUUGCCAAGCCCGCCAAACGUUAUUUGCCCUCCAAGAAGAAGGUCUACGUUGAAUUGGAUCAAUCUGUUGAAGAGGAAGAAGUUGCCGAUGAGGAGGAUGAAUACGAAGUGCCCGUAGCUCCAGCUCGCCGCCCAGCCGUUAAGAAACCCGCCAAGGCCCCAACAGCUGCUGCUCCUAAGGCUGAUAAACCAUUGCCUGCCGGUACCUUCUUCCCAAUUAACUUCGGUGGCACCAGCGGUGGCGCCAUUGCCAUUGCCAACUCCUUCAGCACCGGUGAAGGUGGUUCGGCUACCAGCCAUGCCAUCGCUUAUGGUUCUCCUGAUACCGUACGUGCCCGUGUUCGUCCCGGCAAAUUCCAUUAA